AUGUCAUCCAACAAUCAAACGCCGGAUCUGGCAUCCAUCUUGAAAACUCUGGCAAGUUUAGCACCUCAGGCACAGCAGCAGCAAGUUCAGCCUCCUCCGCAACCACACCCACUUCCUACGCCAUUCCCCGCGGAGCAAGUAUGGCAACAGAGUCUCGUUCAAGCUACGCAGCCAUCUCAUACCCCGACACCUUCAGCUGCUCCCAAGGUGGUUGAUCCUGCAACUAUCAUUGAGUGGUCAGCCGGUCUACGAUGUGUGAUGAAGCAAGUUGCGAAGCAUGAGAGUAUCCUCCAAGAUGUUCGACGGAUGAUCAAGGUUCAGCAUGAGCAUGAAGAGCAGUGGUGGGAGGGUAGGAAGGCUCUCAUCGAGAGGCAAAAGGCGAGGAAGGAGGGCCAAAAGAAGCUGGACGAUGUAUUGAAAGCAGUUGGAGGUAGCACUGCGGCAGGAACGUCCAACACCAGUCCAGAAGAGUUGGAGAAGGAGCUCGAGACCUUUGACAUGAAAGUCUACAAGGCUCAGACGCAGAUGGUCAAAGAGAUGAGCACGAAGCUCAGAGGUCUUGGUGUUCCGUUCUUUGGGACUAGGGUAGACUUGGUCAGGCCAACUGGGAAGGAGUCGUCCGGGACGGAAGGGAGUGUCGGUCUUGAGGAGAAGGGGAUGAUUGACGAGGUGGAACUGGUUAGGCUUCAGAGGAAGAUGCUUGCAAUAUUGGAGGAUCUUUGCAACGACUGA